CCUCGUUGUUAGGGGAAGCACAGCCAGACCUCACAGUUCUGACAAGUGUCACCCGGCCCGGUCUCAAACACACAUCAACCGGCGAAAUAAAAAAAAACAAAAACGGUGGACAGAAGACCGGCGGCAGGUGAAAUGGACGAACCUUCGGAACAAAUGAGACCCCUCUUGAGAACAGGUCUAGAUGAAGAGGCAAUAGUUGACCAUGGAAAGACCAGCUUCACCACUCAUGCAAACUAUGAAAAGGAAGAGUUGGAAAGCCACAGAGCAGUGUAUGUAGGUGUCCAUGUUCCUUUUGGAAGAGAGAGCAAGCGGCGGCAUCGGCACCGAGGGCACAAACACCACCGAAAGAAGAAAGAGAGAGACUCAGAGGAGGGGAAGGACGAUGGCAGGGAAUCCCCCUCUUAUGACACACCAUCCCAGAGGGUGCAGUUCAUCUUGGGUACAGAGGAUGAUGACCUCGAGCACGUCCCCCAUGACCUCUUCACUGAGCUGGACGAGCUUUCCUUCAGAGAUGGCAGUGCCACUGAAUGGAAGGAGACUGCCAGAUGGCUGAAGUUUGAGGAGGAUGUGGAAGAUGGAGGGGAGAGGUGGAGUAAGCCCUACGUGGCCACGUUGUCACUACACAGCUUAUUUGAACUACGUAGCUGUAUUCUCAACGGCACAGUCAUGCUAGAUAUGAGGGCCAACAGUAUCGAGGAAAUUGCAGACAUGGUGAUAGACAGCAUGGUGGCUUCAGGCCAGCUCAAGGAGGAUCUACGCGACAAGGUGCGGGAAGCCAUGCUGAAGAAACACCACCACCAGAAUGAGAGAAAGCUUAGCAAUCGCAUCCCUCUGGUGCGCUCCAUUGCUGACAUAGGCAAGAAACAUUCUGACCCGCUCUUGCUUGAAAGAAACGGAGAGGGCCUGUCCUCUUCACGUCUCUCUCUCCAAAAGCCAGGGGCAUCCUCCUCUGUCUCCAACCUGUCCCAGAGACGCGAGUCCAGAGUCUCCAUCCUGCUCAACCACCUCCUGCCCUCUUCUUCCUCCAACACUGGGCUCUCCCCAGGCCCCUCGCCCCUCUCCACCCCUCAAAAUACCCCUGCUUCCUUCCGGCGCUCCUCUCAAAGCCCACCACGCACCCGUGGAGCAGGACUUGGCCCUCAAGGCAUCCCUGAGGUGGUGGUAUCACCUCCCGAGGAUGAUGACCCACUAAACUCUGCAGAAGAUGAAGUAGCAUCACCACAGCUCUGCCGGCGAGCAUCCUCGGCAUCCCAAGGCCUCGAGCUGCUGCCCUUAGAAGGACCAUUGGUAUCACCGAACUCUGUCCCUAACAACCUGGAUGGCAACAAGGCAGUGGAGAGGAGGCCGUCCAAAGUAGGGGUCAGUAGAGAAAGCAGCAGUGUCGACUUCAGCAAGGUGGACAUGAAUUUCAUGAAGAAGAUUCCUCCAGGUGCUGAGGCUUCCAACGUGCUGGUGGGAGAAGUGGACUUCCUGGAGAAGCCCAUAAUUGCCUUUGUACGGUUGUCCCCUGCAGUCCUUAUCACAGGCCUCACAGAGGUGCCUGUUCCCACAAGGUUUCUUUUCCUGCUUUUGGGUCCUCACGGCAAAGGGCCACAGUACCAUGAAAUUGGCAGAUCCAUGGCCACACUGAUGACAGAUGAGAUUUUCCAUGAUGUGGCAUACAAAGCCAAAGACCGAACGGAUCUACUCUCUGGGAUAGAUGAGUUCCUUGAUCAAGUGACUGUCCUGCCUCCUGGAGAAUGGGAUCCCACGAUUCGGAUUGAGCCCCCCAAGAAUGUCCCAUCUCAGCUAAAGAGGAAGAGACCAUCCCAGCCUAACGGUACUGCAUCUCCAGCUGGAGAACUGGAAAAGGAAGAGGACCAUCAUGCAGGGCCUGAACUGCAGAGGACUGGGAGGAUAUUUGGAGGUUUGAUCUUAGAUGUCAAGCGGAAGGCACCGUUCUACUGGAGUGACAUCAGGGACUCCCUCAGUCUGCAGUGUCUAGCCUCCAUCCUCUUCCUCUACUGCGCCUGCAUGUCCCCUGUCAUCACGUUUGGAGGUCUGCUUGGGGAGGCAACAAAAGGCAACAUAAGCGCCAUAGAGUCUCUAUUUGGGGCAUCACUGACAGGAGUGGCAUACUCCCUCUUCGCAGGCCAGCCCCUCACUAUUCUUGGCAGCACGGGGCCCGUUUUAGUGUUUGAGAAGAUCCUCUUCAAGUUCUGCAACGACUAUGGCCUGUCCUACCUGUCGCUGCGGACCAGCAUUGGUCUGUGGACAGCUUUCCUGUGCGUUGUGUUGGUGGCUACAGAUGCCAGCUCCUUGGUCUGCUAUAUCACCCGAUUCACAGAGGAGGCCUUCGCCGCACUCAUCUGCAUCAUCUUCAUCUAUGAGGCUCUGGAGAAGCUGUUUCACCUGGGAGAACACUACCCUGUCAACAUGCACAACAACUUGGAUAAUCUUACCCUUUAUUCGUGUCAAUGUUCUCAACCAGCCAAUGUCUCAGAUCAGCUCGAGCAGGAGUGGAACCAGACAGGAUACAGCCCAGACUCUAUCCCAUGGAGCAGCCUCAAUGUUUCGAUGUGUAAAAUGCUUCAUGGGGAGUUUGUGGGUCCAGCCUGUGGUCACCAUGGUCCCUACAUCCCAGAUGUUCUCUUUUGGUCCAUUAUCCUCUUCUUCACCACCUUCUUCCUGUCCUCUUUCCUCAAGCAGUUCAAGACAGAGAGAUAUUUUCCCACCAAGGUGCGUUCCACCAUCAGCGACUUCGCUGUAUUUAUAACCAUCAUGAUCAUGGUGGUGGUGGACUAUCUAAUGGGUGUCCCGUCUCCUAAACUGAAUGUUCCUGACCGCUUUGAGCCGACUUCAAAAAACCGAGGCUGGCUGAUGGACCCGUUAGGAGAAAAUCCCUGGUGGACGCUGCUGGUGGCAGCACUUCCUGCCCUGCUCUGUACAAUCCUGAUCUUUAUGGACCAGCAGAUCACUGCAGUCAUCAUAAACCGCAAGGAGCACAAACUCAAGAAAGGCUGUGGCUAUCACCUGGACUUGCUGGUAGUGGCAAUAAUGCUGGGCAUAUGCUCCAUCAUGGGCCUCCCAUGGUUCGUGGCUGCGACCGUCCUCUCCAUCUCCCACGUUAACAGCCUGAAGGUGGAGUCUGGCUGCUCUGCUCCGGGAGAGCAGCCUAAGUUUCUGGGUAUCCGAGAGCAGCGGGUCACUGGAUUCAUGAUCUUUGUCCUCAUGGGCUGUUCAGUUUUCAUGACUUCGGUGCUUAAGUUCAUUCCUAUGCCAGUCCUGUACGGAGUCUUUCUCUACAUGGGUGUUUCUUCCCUCAAAGGCAUUCAGUUCUUUGACCGAAUCAAGCUGUUUGGCAUGCCUGCCAAGCAUCAGCCUGAUCUGAUCUAUCUUCGCUAUGUGCCACUGUGGAAGGUCCAUAUCUUCACCCUGGUGCAGCUCACCUGUCUGGUGCUGCUGUGGGUCAUCAAGGCCUCUGCAGCAGCUGUUGUGUUUCCCAUGAUGGUUCUGGCACUGGUGUUUGUCCGAAAGCUUCUAGACUUUUUCUUCACCAAGAGAGAGCUGAGCUGGCUGGAUGACUUGAUGCCAGAAAGCAAGAAGAAGAAAGAGGAUGAUAAGAAAAAGAAAGCCCGUGAAAAGCUGGAGGAAGAGUCCAGACUGCAGGAGGAAGAGGAUAUGGGACUGAAGGUCAGCUUUGAAGGCUCGAACCUGCUCAACAUCCCAGUGAAAACACUCUCAGGGAGUUCUGAUUCUGACCCUUUGGUAGUAAAUAUCUCUGAUGAAAUGGCCAAAACAGCAGCAUGGAAAGCAGUGAACUCGAGUGCAGAGUCUUGUGCCCAUCCUGAGAAGUGUAGUCGAAGCCAGGAGAAGGUGGCCUGCGUUAGAGUCGACGUCAGCCCAGACACACCCGGAGGAGGUUCCACUGCCGAGACCUUCCUGUGAUAAAGGGAAGGCCCUCCCUCCCUCCCUCCUGAUACCUUCUCCCACACAACACUUAACCCCGAUGAUGGGCACCAUCUUUGUGGGAAAGGGGGCAUAGAACUGGAGCAGCACAACCUGCCUGCAGAGCUCCCAUCUUCAGGGCAGCAGGCGAGCUCCCCCGGGGCUGUGAGUCCUACUCCACUCAAGUCUUGAAGUGUGCAGCAUUAGUACAAAUGGCUGCCAUGAUGUACUGUAGAGCGCACAUCUCCGAGGAAUGAAGGAAUUCCACUGUUACUGCCCACCGCCGCUCACUGUUUAGGAACUCUCUUAAUCAAGCAAUUUUCUAUCACCCAUUUAAACCACAGAUGCCAAAGGAAGGGGCCUCACCUGUGGGGAUUUUGGACUGUGUGAAUUUAAUUUUACUUUUAAGCCCCUGUAUAUUUUAAUUUUAGUUUUACUGUUGUUUUAGGUCGUCACACUAGUGCACGUUUAGCUCUUGCGGCUCAGACACCAUGAGUCAUCCUGCACUGUUUCUUUCCAUGUAUUUUAGGUCAUAUUAAGACCUUACACUAAACUACACCAGCUUAUUUGAUUAAAGCCAUUCAGGUACUGUCAGUGACGGAUGAUUAUUCUUUAUAAUUGCUCUGGCACAGUAAAUGACACAAACCAAAACAGAGGUACAUUCAGAUGCGCUAUACGAUAUGCUACUACUACCACAGCACAUUACUACUGCAUACAUCUUUAUAGAUCUACUUAUAAAUCAUUUCUCCUUCCUCCAGGGGAACACUCAGUAUUAAUAUUGCUGCUCAAAAGUUGGUCAGUUGUUUUCACUGUAAACCUCACUGUUCAUAUUAUAUGUGCUGUUAUAGAAAUAUCAUUAUGUGUAUGUAUGUAUGUAUGUAUACCGUGUUCUUUUCAUUCAUAACAUUAUAGAAAACCUACUUCUGAGGCCAUAUAAAGUCUGUACUGUACAGUAAGCAC